AUGCAGCGGCUGGUGAGCCCAGUGAAGCGGGCCUUGCGGCUGAAGAGAGCGGUGCAGGAAGCUUCCCUGGUGCCUGCUCGCCUCGUCCCUGCAGCCCACCGAAGGUUUUCUACAAUCCCUGCCGCCCCCUUGGCCAAAACAGGAUCUUGGCCAAAGGACGUGGGCAUCCUUGCCCUGGAGGUCUACUUUCCAGCCCAGUAUGUGGACCAGACUGACCUGGAGAAGUACAACCAAGUGGAAGCAGGGAAGUACACAGUGGGCUUGGGCCAGACCGAGAUGGGCUUCUGCUCCGUCCAGGAGGACAUCAACUCCCUGUGCCUGACGGUGGUGCAGCGGCUGAUGGAGCGCACCCGGCUGCCGUGGGACGCCGUGGGCCGGCUGGAGGUGGGCACCGAGACCAUCAUCGACAAGUCCAAGGCUGUCAAAACAGUGCUCAUGGAGCUCUUCCAGGACUCAGGCAACACCGACAUCGAGGGCAUAGACACCACCAAUGCCUGCUACGGCGGCACUGCCUCCCUCUUCAACGCUGCCAACUGGGUGGAGUCGAGCUCCUGGGACGGUCGCUACGCCAUGGUGGUCUGUGGUGACAUAGCCGUCUACCCCAUUGGGAAUGCGCGUCCCACAGGGGGUGCCGGGGCCGUGGCUAUGCUGGUUGGGCCCAUGGCGCCUCUGGUCCUGGAAAGAGGGGUCAGGGCAACCCACAUGGAGAACGCGUACGACUUCUACAAGCCAGAUUCGAAUUCAGAGUAUCCGCUGGUGGAUGGGAAGCUCUCCAUUCAGUGCUACUUACGAGCGCUGGACCGAUGUUACACAUUGUACCGACAGAAAAUCCAGAGCCAGUGGAAGGAAGCUGGCAUGGAUCGACCUUUCACCCUGGAUGAUUUACAGUUUAUGAUCUUUCACACCCCCUUCUGCAAGAUGGUCCAGAAGUCCCUGGCUCGCCUGCUGUUCAACGACUUCCUUUCUGCCAGCCGCGAGGCACAGAGCAGCCACUAUAAGGGGCUGGAGGCUUUCAGGGACCUGAAGUUGGAAGACUCCUACACCCACAGGGACUUGGAUAAAGCAUCUCUAAAGGCCUCUCUGGACAUGUUCAACAAGAAAACCAAGGCCUCCCUCUAUCUGUCCACGCACAACGGGAAUACAUACACCUCGUCCCUGUACGGGUGCCUGGCCUCGCUUCUGGCCCAGCAUUCUGCCCAGGACUUGGCCGGCUCCAGGGUCGGGGCCUUCUCUUACGGCUCUGGUUUGGCAGCAAGUUUUUUUUCAUUUAAAGUGGCCCAGGACGCUUCUCCAGGCUCCCCCCUGGAGACGUUAGUGUCCAGCAUUGCUGACCUGCCCAAACGCCUGGCGUCCCGGCGGCGCGUCUCCCCCGAGGAGUUCUCGGAAAUAAUGGACCAACGGGAACAGUUCUACCACAAGGUGAACUUCUCCCCGCCUGGCGACACGAGCAGCCUCUUCCCCGGCACGUGGUACCUGGAGCGAGUGGACGAGCUCUACCGCCGAACCUACGCCCGGCGCGCCCUCUGAAGGUGCGGGCGGGGGCGGCCGCUGACGUCAGGCCCUCGCGCCCUUCACUGAGCAAUAAACGCAGUU